AUGAGUCUGACAGAAACAUGGAUAGAAGAAGAAACGUGGAAGAAAUGGAUAAAGAGAGUACCAAACAAAUACAAGUGGAAUUGCAUACCGGCGACAAGGGAGUGCGUGAAAGGAAGAGCCAAAGGAGGGAUAAUCGUGGCAACUAGCAAGGAAUUGAAGGGAGUAAAAGUAAAAGUAAUAAACAAAGGAGCAAUGGAGAUAAGCAUGGCAUACAACAGAAAAAAAUGGAGGAUAAUCACUCUGUACAGUCAAAACAUAGAAGAAACAAUGGACAGCCUGGAGGAGGCAAUAGAGGAAGACAAGGAGGGGUAUUUAAUGCUAGGAAGAGACUUUAACGCUAGAACCGGGGAAGAAGGUGGACCAAUAGGAUACGGAAAAAAGGAGGAAGAGAAAACAAGGAGGUCAAGAGACAAGGUGGUGAACAGAGAAGGGAGAAGACUGAUAGACAAGAUGAAGGAAAGAGGAUGGAUGAUACUAAACGGAAGCAAUGGAAAACAAGGGAAUUGGACAUACAUAGGAGAACAAGGAGCAUCGGUAAUAGAUUAUGUGGUAACGAAUGAAAAGGCUAUAGAGGAGGUGAGAAAGGUGGAGGAAGGAAGCAGAACAGAAUCGGANCAUGUUCCAAUGGAAGUGGAAAUAGAAGGAAUAAGUAGAAGAAGAAUAAAAGAAAGCGGCUGUAUGGAGGUGGAAAGAAGCGUAUGGUCGGUGGAAGGGAUAGAGCACUAUCAUGAAGAAUGCGAGGGGUGGACAUGCACGGAGACAAAUACAGAGNAGAUGUGGUUAGCAAUGGAAGAUAAAGUAAAAAAUUCAAUAACGAGGGUCAAGAAAAAGGUAACGCCAUGGAGGUUAGGAAGAANGGAAUGGCACAGCAAAGAAUGGAAAAAGAAAAAAAGAGAGUUAAGAAAGGAACUAAGAAAAUUGAAGAAAGACAAGAUAAAAAGGGAGGAAAAGAAGAAAGAAAGAGUAGAUGAGGGGAUAGAGCUGCACACCUGGAAUGAACAUUUCAUGGANCUACUAGGGGGAACAAAGGAGAGAGUGAUGAUGGAAGAGGAAGAGGAACGAGAUGAGGAAAAAAAUGAGGAGAAUAGGACAGGAGAGAGUAAUGAGGAGAUAGAAGAAAUAACAAAGGAAGAGCUAGUGAAACAACUAAGAAAGCUGAAGAAAGGAAAGGCACCAGGAGAAAACGGAAUAGAGAAUGAAGCGUGGAGGCUAAUGCCAGAGAGAAUAGGNGAAGUAUUUUUGAAACUGAUAAGGAAGAUAUGGAGGGAAGGAGGAAUACCUGAAGAAUGGAAUAGAGGGAUAAUCAGCCCUAUAUUCAAAAAAGGAGAGAAAGGCGAAGUAAAGAACUACAGAGGGGUGACCCUGAUGGACACGGCGUACAAGAUAUACGCAAACAUCCUAAAUGAUAGGUUGAAGAGGGAAGUAGAGGAAAAAUUGGAAGAAGGACAGUUUGGUUUCAGGGAGGGAAGAGGCACGACGGACGCAAUUUACAUCCUGAACUUCAUAGCAAACAAAGAAAUUGCAAAAAAGAAAGGGAAGAUCUUCGCAUUCUUCGCUGAUCUAAAAGCGGCGUUUGACAAGGUGGAUAGGGUUAAACUAGGAGAAAUGCUGAAAAAGGCGGGAAUUGGAGAUCAGCUUAGAAAACGAAUCAUGGAGACCUAUAAAGAAACGAAGAACAAAGUGAAAGUAGGAAAAGGAAAAUCGGAGGAGUUCUGGACGAGAAGUGGAGUCAGACAGGGAUGCCCUAUGAGCCCAACACUGUUCAACGUGUAUCUGAUGGAUCUGGAAGCAGAAAUGAGGAAAGAGCAAUUUGGUGGAGUUCCAAUAGGAGAAGAAAAAGUCUGGACGAUUACUUACGCGGACGACAUCGUGCUGCUGGCAAGGAGCGAACAAGAACUAAAGAAUAUGAUGAGAAGGUUCAGGAAGUAUUUAGAAAGAAAAGGAAUGAUUUUAAGCCCAGAAAAGUCAAAAGUGAUGGUGUUCGAGAGAGGAAAAGGGAAAAAAAAGGCGAGAAAGUGGAACUGGAGAGAAGAAAGGAUAGAAGAGGUGAAGGAGAUAAGGUAUUUAGGAUACAUACUACAGAAAAACGGAGGAGCAGAGAAACAUGUGGAGGAAAGGAUGAGAAGAGCGGUAAUAGCGAUGAAGCAGACGUGGAGCAUCGGGGAAAGAGUAUUUAAAGAGGACUACAGAAGAAGGAUGAAGAUGUACAACGCUCUGGUGGGUAGUGUGGCAUUAUAUGGCGCAGAAAUAUGGGGGUGGAAGAAGGAAGAAAGACUGGAUAAAGUGACGAGAAAAUACAUAAAGUGGAUACUGGGAUUGGAUAGAAGAACGCCGAACUAUAUUGUAAAAGAGGAGACAAAAACGAAGGAACUAAGACUGGAGGCCAUAAAAAGAGCGGUGAAAUAUGAAGAGGAGGCACGGCAGUCGAAAAAGAAGCUGGUGGUAGAGUGCAUGAAAGAGAUAGAGAGAGGGGAAGAAAGAGGGGAAGAAAGUAGGUGGGAGAAAUGGAGAAAAGAGGUGAUGAUAGACGUGGGUAUCAGCAAGAAGGAGUUGAAAGAGAGGAGAGAGAGGGAGGAGAUGAAGGAGAUAGUGCAGGAAAUAGUAGAGAAAAUAAAAAAGAAAGAUAAGGAGGAAAGAAGGAAAAAGAUGGAGGAAUCGAGGUACAACGUUAGCUAUAAAAAAGCAAGAACAGAAGCAGCACCGGCAUACCUGAGAGGAAAGAAAAACAAGAAGGAAAGAACAAGGAUAGCAAGAUACAGAUGCGGGAACGAAAUGAAAGGGAACCAACAUUGGCUGACAGAGGAGGAAAGGAUGUGUAGAAUAUGCGGAGUUGAAAUAGAGGACCUAACACAUGUACUGAAGAAGUGCGAAAAAACGAAAGAAGAAAUAUCAGAAGAAGAGUUUUUAAGCGAAGAUGGGAAAGGCUGUGAAACAAUCAGCUGA